AAUGCGGGGCUCCCCGGGCGCGGGCCCGGCCAAUCAGAGCGCCGUCUGCCUCCCCUGGCCAAUGGCAGGCGCCACAUUGUUGUCCAAUUCUGUCUAAUGGAGCCCUAAGGAGCAACAAUAGAGCAGGCGAGCCGCUCAUUGAGAGUCUGGCAGCGCCCGGCAACUGGGGCCCGGUUGUGCGCAGCUUUCGGCGCGCUCCGAGAGGGGACGCCGCGCGGCGAGGGCCGGGUCGAGGGUUCCAGCUAGCAGAUCCCUAAACGGUCCCCUGGCUCCGAUUUCCGACGGAAGGGUUGGACAGCGCAGCGUUCUGAGGGGGUCCGGAAGUUCGGACAUGGUGACUGAAGGAGGGUGACGUGGUCAGAUAAGGGGCCAGGGGGCAAGGGGAAGAGGCCGAGAGCGCCAGCGUCGCGAGCGGAGCUGGGAGGCGCGUGCAGCGCCAGCGGAGGAGGAUCCCCCAGCCCACGGCAGGUUCUGCCAUGGAACUGCGCUCCGAGCUGCCCAGCGUACCCGGCGCGGCGACGGCGGCGGCGACAGCGACCGGGCCGCCCGUGGCUUCGGUGGCGUCGGUGGCGGCGGCGGCGGCGGCCGCCGCUUCGCUACCGGUGAGCGUGGCGGGCGGCUUGCUGCGGGCGCCGCCGCUCUUGUUGCGGGCUGCGGAGAAGUACCCGCGGACGCCCAAGUGCGCGCGCUGCCGCAACCACGGCGUGGUGUCUGCGCUCAAGGGCCACAAGCGCUAUUGCCGCUGGAAGGACUGCCUGUGCGCCAAGUGCACGCUCAUCGCCGAGCGCCAGCGCGUCAUGGCGGCGCAGGUGGCGCUGCGCAGGCAGCAGGCGCAGGAAGAGAACGAGGCGCGCGAGUUACAGCUGCUCUAUGGCACGGCUGAGGGCCUGGCGCUGGCCGCCGCCAACGGCAUCAUCCCGCCCCGACCCGCCUACGAGGUCUUCGGCUCUGUGUGCGCCACCGACGGCGGCGGGCCGGGAGCCGGAGCGACCGCAGGGACCGGAGGCGGCGCGGCGGGCGCGGGGAGCUCAGAGGCCAAGUUACAGAAGUUUGACCUAUUCCCCAAGACGCUGCUUCAGGCAGGCCGCCCAGGCAGCCCGCAGCCGCCGCCGGGAAAGCCCUUAUCACCCGACGGCGCGGACUCGGGUCCUGGGACAUCGUCCCCAGAGGUGCGGCCGGGCUCUGGCUCAGAAAACGGCGACGGCGAGUCCUUUUCGGGGUCACCCCUGGCCCGGGCCUCCAAGGAGGCGGGCGGCAGCUGCCCGGGCAGCGCUGGCCCCGGAGGUGGCGGCGAGGAGGACAGCCCCGGAUCCGCCAGCCCUCUGGGCUCAGAAUCUGGUUCGGAGGCCGACAAAGAAGAGGCAGAGGCUAUGCCCCCGCCAGGGCUGGGCGGAGGCCCGGGUCCACGACAGCGGACGCCGCUGGACAUCUUGACCCGUGUCUUCCCGGGGCACCGGCGGGGCGUCCUGGAGCUGGUGUUGCAGGGCUGCGGCGGCGACGUGGUGCAGGCCAUAGAGCAGGUGCUGAACCACCACCGCGGGGGCCUGGCCGCCAGCCUCGGCCCCGCCGCGCCCCCUGACAAAGCCGCGGUGGGGGCAGUAGCGGCAGCGGACGACUCGUGGCCAGGCCGCGUCGACGCCGCUGCCGCCGGGGGGCCUGGGCUGCCCUCACCGCUGCAGGCGGGCCCCGCCGCACCUCCGCAUCACAGACCUUUGCUGGCCGGUGCCAUGGCGCCCGGGGCGCUGGGCUCGCUGAGCAGCCGCUCGGCCUUCUCGCCGCUGCAGCCAAACGCCAGUCACUUCGGUGCCGACGCAGGCGCCUACCCGCUGGGCGCGCCCCUCGGCCUCAGCCCCCUGCGCCUGGCCUACUCGGCAGCGGCGGCGCACAGCCGCGGCCUGGCCUUCAUGGCACCGUAUUCCACCGCCGGCCUGGUGCCCACGCUCGGCUUCCGCCCGCCGAUGGACUACGCCUUCAGCGACCUCAUGCGCGACCGCUCGGCCGCCGCCGCUGCUGUGCACAAGGAGCCAACCUACGGUGGCGGCCUGUACGGGCCUAUGGUCAAUGGCGCCCCUGAGAAGCAGUAGGGCGAGGGGCCUGGCAGCCUGGCGGCCCCCAAACGGGGACCCCAGCCUUGUCCCCGCGGGCCGCCAGCCCCUCUUCGCUAUCUGCGCCCUGGCUGGGGUCCUCUCGCUCCAAGGUGGUUUUGCGGUUUUGUUUUGGACGGUGGGUGGGGAGAUCUGAGCCAAGGGGGGUAGCUUCAGAGGCAGAUAUUCUCGGAGGGGGUGCGCGACCCGAUCCUUGUCCCCCAACCCCUCCUCAUCAAGGCUCCCCAGCCCUUCAAAAGGAAUUCUUGAAAAUUCAGAGGCUGCAGCCGCUAUCUCCUGCCUCUCCUGUUACUGUGCUCAACUCACCUGCCCACGCUCUCAAAUGGAUGGCAGGAUAGUCUGAGAGUCUGUCUUCUAUGUCUCCCCCUCCUUUAAAAAUUUUUAAAUAUUCGCUCUAACAAAUAUAAAUUUAGGAUGUAUAAAUCUCUUGGCACUGAGUCGAGUCUUUGGGACACAUAUAUAUUGUUAUCAAUUG